AUGUAUAACCCAUCUGUAUUAGAUAUUCCAGCUGUAAUUUUUGACAACGGAUCAGGACUCUGCAAAGCAGGCCUGUCUGGAGAGAUUGGACCCCUUCACAUCAUCAGUUCUGUUGUAGGGCAUCCUAAAUUUAACAUACCCUUAUCAGAAGCCACUAAGACAAAGUACUUCGUGGGACAAAAAGCCCUGUACAAGUAUAAGGUCUUGCAUUUGCACUACCCCAUUGAGUGUGGACUGGUAACAGGAUGGGAUGACAUAGAGAAACUUUGGAAGUAUCUUUUUGAGUGGGAACUAGGAGUCAAACCCUGUCAAUGACCUGUACUCAUGACUGAGCCCUCUUUGAACCCAAGGGAGACUGGAGAGAAGAUGACAGAAGUGAUGUUUGAGACCAAUGUGCCUGCUUUCUACCUGUCCAACCAUGCAGUGGUAGCCUCUGUCACGGGAUUAGUGGUGGACAGUGGUGAUGGGAUCACCUGCACUGUCCCUAUCUUUGAGGGUUAUUCCCUGCCUCAUGCUGUGACCAAGCUCUACGUGGCAGGAAGGGACAUCAUAGAGCACCUCACUCGGCUCCCCCUCGUUUGUGGAAGUACCUUCCCUUUCAUACUCAAUAAAGCUUUAGUGGGUGACAUCAAAGAGAAGCUGUGUUAUGUGGCCUUGGAGCCAGAGAAAGAGCUAUGUAAGAAGCCAGAAGAGGUUCUAAGAGAAUACAAACUGCCAGAUGGAAAUGUUAUCUACAUUGGAGACCAGCUGCACCAGGUGCCUGAGAUCCUUUUUGCACCUGACCAGCUGGGUAUCCACAACCCAGGACUCUCAAAAAUGGUAUCCAGCAGCAUUAUGAAGUGUGACACUGAUAUCCAGAAGAAUCUUUUUGCAGAAAUUGUGCUGUCUGGGGGCAACACUCUUUGCCCUGGGCUUGAGGAAAGACUUUUGAAAGAACUGGAACAGCUGGCUUCCAGAGGAACUCCCAACAAGAUUACAGCUUCUGAUAGAUGUUUCUCUUCAUGGAUAGGUGCAUCCAUUGUGACCUCUCUGAGCAGGUUCAAGCAGAUGUGGAUCACUGCAGAUUUCAUGGAGUUUGGGACAUACAUUGUUCAGAGAAAAUGCUUUUAA